AUGGAGAGACACAGUUUCAGCACAAACUUGAAAGGCCGUGGUUUGUGUAAGAAGAAUAAAGACUCAUGGGAGUGUAAUGGAAACAGUGCUACACAUGGAGGAGGAGAUCUGCAGCUUGGAGAUCAGUUUUCGUGGCCUCCAAGAUCUUACACUUGUAGCUUCUGCAAAAGGGAAUUCAGAUCUGCUCAAUCUCUAGGUGGACACAUGAAUGUUCACAGGAGAGAUAGAGCCAGGUUGAGACAGUACUCACCACCAAGGGAUAUUGGUCAUCAGUACCCUCUUCUUAAUCUCAACCUUAACCUUCAACCUAACACUAACCCUAACCCUAACCCUAAUUUCUCAUCUUCAUCACAAUCAUCAUCUCCACCAACAAGGUUCCCUUCAUUCACCUCCACAUUACCACCCUUGGUGUCUCCCUCUCAUUCUACUCUCUCUCCACCUUCUUUUGCUUCUCCAAGUUAUCAAAACAAGAAAUGGGGUAUGGACAGUGCCCCGGUACUUGAGCUCUUGAGCAAGAAGGGGUCAGAUUUAACGAAGACAAAGACUGCGAAAGCCCUUUUCGUGGUCCGGGAAUUUGAUGGUUUUACAGAAGAAGAUGGAUGCAAUGUUUUGAAUAAGACAGAGAGUCAUGUUAGGUUGGAUUUGGAGAUCGGAGUGCUCGACGAUUGCAAGGAUGAAUUGGAUUUGGAGCUUCGACUUGGGUACUCUUAGUUGAACUUCUAAUUUGCUGCUCUUUAGACACUAGCCUUUUCAAUAUUUUGCCUUUUUUUUUUUUUUGGCCUAAUUGCAUCACCUCUAUUCUGAUCAGUAUAAGUUAGCAGCUUUCAUAUUUUUAACUAGAAGAUGAAAUAUGAAGAAGCAUAGAAAUGUUAAGUGAUACUUCCAUGUAAGAUCAAGUAUGAUCAUAGCUACCUGUAGUA